GAAAAAACGACACCAAGCGGCCAAGCAAAGAUCGCAGAAUAUCGGGCCAACGCGGCACCUUCUCUCGCGCCGCCGUGUAUCCCUAAGGCGCCGCCAAGUCCAUUUCCGAUUUUACGAACAACCAACCCCUUCCUCCUCCAACAUGGGCAAGCACCACGCCACGCACCACGCGCCGACCGUUGAAGUCGACGAGAAGACCAUGAUCUUCCUCAUCAAGUUUAUGAACACGGCGUCCAAGGAAAAGCUCCUCGAGACGUUUGAAGGUCAUUUUACCGACCACAUGGCCGACAAGAUCGUCGACCAGCGCCUCUUUGGCGGCAUGAAGAAGCUCGAUGACAUCCUCGAGAAGAAGAUCAUGCGGAAAAAGAAGUUUGAAGAGUUCCAGGACAUUGCGCUGAAAUGGGCCGUCGAGCACAAGCCCAAGGAGAAGCGCCAAACCGCGUAAGCACCGCGGACGCGGCGACAGAUUUAGAUAGUUUUAGUCUUUUAGAUCGUCGUCGCCCUCAACUUAAUACUGUACCAACACGCUUUUUAGCACCCACA